UACCGGUCAGGAGGAUACAUAGCAAUUAGAUUCAUAGCUCCUCACACAACGCAAUGGCAUUAAGCGUUUGUCAAAGCUCUGACAUGUUUUAACUGAUAAUUCGACUGCUUUACAGUUUGUGUAUUCCACGCAGGGGAAACGUCACUCGUGGUGUGCGCCACGUCAAGAAAGCAACCCUGACCGCUCACCAGAAAGGAAAGAAAGGCUGAAUGGCUGAGCCAGAGCUCCUGCUGGACUCCAACAUCCGACUCUGGGUGGUGUUGCCCAUUGUCUUCAUCACCUUUCUUGUCGGGGUCAUACGUCACUAUGUGUCCAUUCUUCUUCAAAGUGACAAGAAGUUGACUUUAGAGCAGGUGUCAGACAGCCAGGUCCUCAUUCGGAGCAGAAUCCUCAGAGAAAAUGGAAAAUACAUUCCUAAACAAUCCUUCUUAAUGAGGAAGUUCUACUUCAAUAAUCAAGAGGAUGGAUUCUUCAAGAAAACAAAAAGAAAGGUCGUUCCGCCCUCGCCAAUGACUGAUCCGAGCAUGCUGACAGACAUGAUGAAAGGAAACGUGACCAACGUGCUUCCCAUGAUCUUGAUCGGAGGCUGGAUCAACUGGACCUUUUCGGGAUUUGUAACAACUAAGGUCCCUUUCCCUCUCACUCUGCGCUUCAAACCCAUGCUGCAACAAGGAAUAGAACUGCUGUCACUGGAUGCUUCCUGGGUUAGUUCAGCAUCAUGGUACUUCCUGAAUGUCUUUGGACUGCGAAGCAUGUACUCGUUAAUCCUUGGCCAGGACAAUGGUGCAGAUCAGUCAAGGAUCAUGCAGGAGCAGAUGAGUGGGGCUGCCAUGGCCAUGCCUGCAGACACAAAUAAAGCUUUCAAGGCGGAGUGGGAGGCCCUGGAACUGACUGACCAUCAGUGGGCACUGGAGAGUGUGGAGGAGGAUCUCAUGAGUAUGGAGCUGGACUUUGACAGCAUGUUUAGCAAGGAGCUGCCCACUGGUAUCUUUUGAGGCCCUAAUAGUUUCUCCUGCUAGGGGGGUUUAAAUGCAGGGAUUCCCCCCC